GAUGUGACAUUAUCUCUGGCACUUGUUCCACCCGGUCAUUUUUCACCAAUAUAACUGUGCAUUGAGAAGUCCAGUGUAUAGGAGGUUUCAAGCAGUGACUGAGUUGGCUGAUUUGGGAACAACUGAAUUCUCCCACCACAGAUGCCAUUGAACCUAGCAAGAGGGCAUCAUUUUCCUAAUGGCUCCAAUUACUGAUGGACUUGUAACAGGGAUCCUUGAUAGUGGACAACACCAAAUGAUUCUCUGGGGUGUCCUGACAGUUGCCUCUGCCUUUCUCUUUUUGUCCCUCCUCACGUUUCUGUGCAGCAGCUGUGACAGACAAAUGAAGUCUCCAGAACAGAAUGGGGAUGACGAGAACCUGAUGAGUGUGCCCUCCGAGAAGGAAACCCAAAGUUAUUCAGUUACAAGUUUUGGGACUGAUCUACCGGCAAAUAGUUGUCAAAAUGGGACCCUCACAAAUGGAGAUGUUCUUUCAGGUGACAGUGCAACUACUGAUGUUCAGCCUUCAGGCGAUGAACUGCCUCCUGAUGUAGCAAAUCAACAAGAUGCAUCUUCUCGGUCCUCAAAGUGCCCUCAGACCAGAGAGCUGCCUCAGAUUCCUGGGAAUGGUUCAGUACAGAACACUGAAUCCACACAAACACCCAAAGGUGAGACGACUCGGGGCGCGUGCGAGACCUACGAAGUUCUAAAGGACAGUACCUCGCAAGACAACAUCAUCGAAGACUCUCUCUACGAAACUGUCAAGGAGCUAAAAGGGGAACGCGGCACUGUAGAAGAGUCCGCAUGCGUGGCCCCCGAAAUUAACAGUCAGUCAGCAAAUGCAAGUGCAGUUGUCUUAACACAAGAUCAAAACGCUGAACUUGCUGAUGGUACACAGACGGUGGAAUACGCGACAGUGGACAAGCAGAACAAGAAUCGUCAGAGCAGUUCAGCGGAGCGGGUGUUGAACUCGCAACAACAGGCUGAAGAGGACCCUCCCCCACUUCCAACAAAGGAUUUGGGUGAGAAUGACUGCACGAAUAAUGAUCAGGAGAGAGCUGAUGCAGAGAUUGCAGCCAUGUACUCCACGGUGAGUAAGCCAGUGCAGUCAUGGAACCAGGCUGACGGGGAUCAAGAAGGUGGCUAUGCCAGCAUUGAUGAGAUGAGAUCUCGAAGACCUACGUCGACGUCAAGUGACCUCUAUGCGUCUGUGGCUGAUUUUGAGAGAGAAUCCGGUGCUGCAGAUCGGAAUGAAGCUGUAGAUGUGAUGAAGGAGGAGACUGAUCCCGGAUAUGAAGCAGUUGGCAAACUGAAGGCUGAUAUGCCAGAGCAGGACAAACCUGCUGAAGAGCAAUCCACAGGGCGUGUACAGGGAGAGAAUGAUUACGAAAGUAUCAGUGAAUUGCAACAAAGACAAAAUGCAGAUAAAUCAGAUAAAUCUGAAGAUUAAUUGUUUAGUAAAACGUUUAGUAAUCCCGGGACAGGAAUUGUCAGCAUUUGUUUUGUAAAUCACACACUUGGCAUUUCAGAGGAAAAGGUUCUUGUACUUGGUAUCAUGCAAAUAGGACAGAGUGUAAGCAUAUAAUAAUGAGAAUAAUCCUUAAUAGUCCUUAUGUUUGAUAUUGGUCUUUCA